UGCAGGACCAGCUUCACAGGGUUUGGGUGAAGAUCAGAUGGAAUUCGGUAUGUGGAAGGAUCCUGAACCGUUUAAAGCAGAGAGCUAGUGUGUAAGAGUGUUACCAUCCAUCCACCCAUCAACUCAACGAACAUUUAUUUAGACCCUACUAGAUGUCGUAGAUAUAGCAGUGAGCAAAACCGGCCCAAAUCCUUGCACUCAUGAAGUUCACAUUCCAGUUAGGAGAGACAGACAAUGAACAAAUGAGAAAAAUAUAUAGAAUGGCAGUUGCUGAUAAGAGCUGUGGUGAAAAUAAAGCAUAAAGCUCGGAAGAGAGAUAGGGAGCUCCAGGAAAGGGGGUUGCUAUUUUAAUAGAGUGGUCAGGGAAAACUCACUGAUAAGGGGAUGUUCGAGCUAUGACCCGGAGGAGCUCUCGUUCCAGGCAGAGGGAACAGCAAGCACCACGGUCCCAGGCUGGCCUGUGCAUGGCGUGUUGGGAAACAGCAAAGAGGCUAAAAGGACCAGAGUGCAGUGAGAAGCAUGUCGUGGUUUAGUGGCCUCCUGGUCCCCAAAGUAGAUGAACGGAAGACAGCCUGGGGCGAACGCAAUGGGCAGAAGCGGCCGCGCCGUGGGACUCGGACCAGUGGCUUCUGCACACCCCGUUAUAUGAGCUGUCUCCGGGAUGCCCAGCCACCCAGCCCGACCCCUGCAGCUGCCCCUCGGUGCCCCUGGCAGGAUGAGGCCUUCAUCCGGAGGGGUGGCCCAGGCAAGGGCACGGAGCUGGGGCUGCGGGCUGUGGCUCUGGGCUUUGAGGACACCGAGGUGACGGUGGCGGGCGGGGUGGCUGAGGUGGCCCCCGACCUUGCCCCCAGGAGCAGGCGAGCUUGCUGGCGCCGGCUGGCGCAGGUGUUCCAGUCGAAGCAGUUCCGCUCGGCCAAGCUGGAGCGCUUGUACCAGCGGUACUUCUUUCAGAUGAACCAGAGCAGCCUGACGCUGCUGAUGGCGGUGCUCGUGCUGCUCACCGUCGUGCUGCUGGCCUUCCACGCCGCGCCCACCCGCCCUCAGCCUGCCUACGUGGCCCUGCUGGCCUGUGCCGCCGCCCUCUUCGUGGCUCUCAUGGUGGUGUGCAACCGGCACAGCUUCCGCCAGGACUCCAUGUGGGUGGUGAGCUACGUGGUGCUGGUUAUCCUGGUAGCCGUGCAGGUUGGGGGCGCCCUUGCAGCCAACCCCCACAGCCCUUCUGAAGGCCUCUGGUGCCCUGUGUUCUUCGUCUACAUCACCUACACACUCCUCCCCAUCCGCAUGCGGGCGGCUGUCUUCAGUGGCCUGGGCCUCUCCACCCUGCACUUGAUCUUGGCCUGGCAACUCAACAGUGGUGAUGCCUUCCUCUGGAAGCAGCUCGGUGCCAACAUGCUGCUGUUCCUCUGCACCAAUGUCAUUGGCAUCUGCACACACUACCCGGCUGAGGUGUCUCAGCGCCAGGCCUUUCAGGAAACCCGUGGUUACAUCCAGGCCCGGCUGCACCUGCAGCAUGAAAAUCGGCAGCAGGAGCGGCUGCUGCUGUCAGUGUUGCCCCAGCAUGUUGCCAUGGAGAUGAAAGAAGACAUCAACACAAAGAAAGAAGAUAUGAUGUUUCACAAGAUCUACAUCCAGAAGCAUGACAAUGUCAGCAUCCUGUUUGCAGACAUUGAAGGCUUCACCAGCCUGGCAUCCCAGUGCACUGCGCAGGAGCUAGUCAUGACCCUGAACGAGCUCUUUGCCCGGUUUGACAAGCUGGCUGCGGAAAAUCACUGCCUGAGGAUCAAGAUCUUAGGAGACUGUUACUACUGUGUGUCAGGGCUGCCAGAGGCCCGGGCAGACCAUGCCCACUGCUGCGUGGAGAUGGGGGUGGACAUGAUCGAGGCCAUCUCGCUGGUGCGUGAGGUGACAGGCGUGAACGUGAACAUGCGCGUGGGCAUCCACAGCGGGCGCGUGCACUGCGGUGUCCUUGGCCUGCGGAAAUGGCAGUUCGAUGUGUGGUCCAAUGACGUGACUCUGGCCAACCACAUGGAGGCUGGCGGCCGGGCCGGCCGCAUCCACAUCACUCGGGCCACGCUGCAGUACCUAAACGGGGACUAUGAGGUGGAGCCAGGCCGUGGCGGGGAGCGCAACGCCUACCUCAAGGAGCAGCACAUUGAGACCUUCCUCAUCCUGGGAGCCAGCCAGAAACGGAAAGAGGAGAAGGCCAUGCUGGCCAAGCUGCAGCGGACGCGGGCCAACUCCAUGGAAGGGCUGAUGCCACGCUGGGUGCCUGACCGCACCUUCUCCCGGACCAAGGACUCCAAGGCUUUCCGCCAGAUGGGCAUUGAUGAUUCCAGCAAAGACAACCGGGGUGCCCAGGAUGCCCUGAACCCUGAGGAUGAGGUAGAUGAAUUCCUGGGCCGAGCCAUUGACGCCCGCAGCAUCGAUCAGCUGCGCAAGGACCAUGUGCGUCGGUUCCUGCUCACCUUCCAGAGAGAGGAUCUUGAAAAGAAGUACUCGCGAAAGGUGGACCCCCGCUUUGGAGCCUACGUGGCCUGUGCCCUGUUGGUCUUCUGCUUCAUCUGCUUCAUCCAACUCCUCGUCUUCCCACACUCAGCCCUGAUGCUUGGGAUCUAUGCCAGUAUCUUCCUGCUGUUGCUGGUCACCGUGCUGACCUGUGCCGUGUACUCCUGUGGCUCUCUCUUCCCCCAGGCCCUGCGACGUCUGUCACGCAGCAUCGUCCGCUCGCGGGCGCACAGCACCGCAGUUGGCAUCUUUUCAGUCCUGCUUGUGUUCACCUCUGCCAUUGCCAACAUGUUCACCUGUAACCACACUCCCAUACGGACCUGCGCAGCCCGGAUGCUGAAUUUAACGCCUGCUGACAUCACCGCCUGCCACCUCCAGCAGCUCAAUUACUCUCUGGGCCUGGAUGCUCCCCUGUGUGAGGGCACCGCACCCACCUGCAGCUUCCCUGAGUACUUCGUCGGGAACAUGCUGCUGAGUCUCUUGGCCAGCUCUGUCUUCCUGCACAUCAGUAGCAUCGGGAAGCUGGCCAUGGUCUUUGUCCUGGGGCUCAUCUAUCUGGUGCUGCUUCUGCUGGGUCCCCCGGCCACCAUCUUUGACAACUAUGACCUACUGCUUGGCGUCCAUGGCUUGGCUUCUUCCAAUGAGACCUUUGAUGGGCUGGACUGCCCAGCUGCAGGGAGGGUGGCUCUCAAAUAUAUGACCCCUGUGAUUCUGCUGGUGUUUGCACUGGCGCUGUAUCUGCAUGCCCAGCAGGUGGAAUCAACUGCCCGUCUGGACUUCCUCUGGAAACUGCAGGCAACAGGGGAGAAGGAGGAGAUGGAGGAGCUCCAGGCAUACAACCGGCGGCUGCUGCAUAACAUUCUGCCCAAGGACGUGGCUGCCCACUUCCUGGCUCGGGAGCGCCGGAACGAUGAACUUUACUAUCAGUCGUGUGAGUGCGUGGCCGUCAUGUUUGCCUCCAUUGCCAACUUCUCUGAGUUCUACGUGGAGCUGGAGGCAAACAAUGAGGGUGUCGAGUGCCUGCGGCUGCUCAACGAGAUCAUUGCUGACUUUGACGAGAUCAUCAGUGAGGAGCGGUUCCGGCAGCUGGAGAAGAUUAAGACGAUUGGUAGCACCUACAUGGCUGCCUCUGGGCUGAACGCCAGCACCUAUGAUCAGGUGGGCCGCUCCCACAUCACUGCCCUCGCAGACUACGCCAUGCGGCUCAUGGAACAGAUGAAGCACAUCAACGAGCACUCCUUCAACAACUUCCAGAUGAAGAUUGGGCUGAACAUGGGCCCAGUUGUGGCAGGUGUCAUUGGGGCUCGGAAGCCACAGUAUGACAUCUGGGGGAACACAGUGAAUGUCUCCAGCCGUAUGGACAGCACGGGGGUCCCUGACCGAAUCCAGGUGACCACGGACCUGUACCAGGUUCUAGCGGCCAAGGGCUACCAGCUGGAGUGUCGAGGGGUGGUCAAGGUGAAGGGCAAGGGAGAGAUGACCACCUACUUCCUCAAUGGGGGCCCCAGCAGUUAGCAGGGCCCGGCUACAAAUUCAGCUGAAAGGACCAAGGUGGGCAUUUGAGUGGACUCUGUGCCGUUGGGUGAAGCUGUGGCAGGGGACGCUGGGCCUCCAGACCCUGCUGACCACCACGAAAGGGAACACCCAACAGGCUGUGCUUGGACCAUGCGCGUCUGCCCUCAGGCUGGUGAACGAGGGGAUGCCAAGAGGAUUAUGCAAGUGACUUUCUUUUUUAAUUGGGUUAGGGCUGUUCUCUCCUUUUUUCCAGCUUUGGGAGCAGGGCAGGGGGAGCAGCAGAGGAGCCCCCUUGCCUGAGAUAUUAAAAUGGCAGCUUGCCACCCCUACCCUUUCCCAUCUGUCUGGGCAAUAGGCUCAAGGCUGGGCCCUUCCUUUCCCUCUUUUUCCUGGGAAUAUUUUGUACAAAGACCGGGGCAGGCUUGAAGAGUGCCUAUUCCAUGCUUGCCUUUGCUGUGCCUGCAUCCCAGCACCGGUCCUGGGCACCCCCCACCGUGGCCAGGUCUCCCUCAUACACACGGCACAGGAGGGAAAUGCUCUGGGUUCCCACUCUGUCCAUAUUUCAGGGGAAUGUUUCCAUUUGCCAAAUCCCAGUCCCAGAGUCUGUCCCCAAAGGGGAACCAAGGGACUUCUGACAGCUCAGAUUUAGCUCUAGUUCCUGCACAGCUCCAGGGAAAGGGGCAUCUGGUCCCAGUGGUACUGUGAAAAUGCCCCGCCAGAGAGCAAGCAUGUGUGUGGACGUCAGAAGAUCAGGGGCUGGAUGUUCACUUGCAGGUGCCAAAGAGCAGGCUGGCCAGGGCCUGGGGUGGUGCCAGACUCUGAUGUGAGGGCCCUGAUGGGGUCAGGAUCACUCCACUCUACCCCAGCGCUUUCUUGCUGUCUGCUGGCAGGGGGCAUGGAGCGUCUCUACCCCUUCUGUUGCCAAAUAGAAAAGGGCCAGGGCUUGGGGGAAGAUGACCCUGAUCCCCAGCUCGUCCUCCCAAGCCUCUGGCACGGGGGAAGGCCUGUGUGUCUGUGUAACCAUGCGUGCACGGUGGUCUGUGUGUGCGUGUCUGUUUUCCAGGUCUGUGUCCUUGUGUUCCUGCUCCUCGGCUCUCCACCCUGGGUUGCCUCUCUCCUGCAGGCCUGUCUUCUGGGAAUAAGGCAGGGUUUCUGAUUUCAAGGAAUGGAGAGAGAUGCCUAGGUUGCCCAAGAGUGGGAUGGGGUGUGGUAGCAAGAGGAGGGUGGCCCUGGGGAGAGGAGUCCUUUUUGUGCCAAAUCCCUAAGUGCCAUUUGGGGGCCAUGUGUGCAGCCUGACUGUCUCCCUGCUUGGGGCAGGGACCCAAGCACCUGCUUUAACUGCUCCUUGCACUUGAACUGUCUGGGGUUUGGUGGGCAGAGACUCAGGAGUUUCCUGGGUUCCCAGCUGGUGUCCUGGGACACGGUAUGCUUUGGGGCUGGGGUUGCAUAGGAUCCCUCUGAGGACCCAGAUUCUGGUACUAGGGGAGAGAGGAGGGGAACCUGGACCUCGCUCUUCCCCAGCUUUCAUCCUAAGCCCGGUGUGCUCUGGGCUCUCCCAUCCCCAUAAAGCCCAUAAGGGCUGCCAGGAGGGUUAGGAGACUGGACUCCAGAUUCCCUUCCUAUCCCUGCCUACCUUUUACCCCACUCCCUACAACCUCCUCGCCUCUGUCCUGACCUAGUUGGUGCCUUGGUUUCUCUGUCUGUACCUAUUUAAGCCAGAGGUAUUAGCCUGAAUUUUGCUUGAAGAUUGCUUUGUCUUAGAGGCGGUUAGGGAGGCAGAGGAUAGAGGCAGAGCUGCUGGGUUUGGGGAGUAGAAGAGGCAGGUGGCACUGUUGCCCUUCCUCAUGCCCUUUCUGACUCUAGCUCCUUGCAGAGGCCUGGUUUCUGGAUUGCACUGCCUGCCUUGGGGGAUCUUCCUUUGGCAUCAACCAGAUGGGCCAUCAGUCACUUCAUGAGCCAAGGCAGGGAAAGGGGAGAAGACUAAUUGGUCCAGAUAGAAAGCCAUCUCCCCUUCCCUCAGCCACAUCCCUGGAUAGGAAGGGACUCCCUGGGUCCUGGGGUGGGGAUGAGGCUGUAAGAAGAUCAGAGUGGGAAGACCACAGCCUUGGGUGACUUGUCUCUGCUUCUUGCCAGGUGGGAAGGGCCUGUCCACACCCUGGCUCCCCAUACCACAGUGCCAGCCACGCGCUUCCCCUGGGCUGCCACUGCCCACCCCCCCAACCCUUGCCAGUUGGUGGGGGAGUCAGUGGAUGGGAGGCCCAUGGACUUUGGUUUUAUAAUGUAACCACUGUGGGAGCGGGGGAGGGUGGUGUACCAUGUAUUUCAGUGAAAUAUUUAAUAUAUUUAAAUAUCAAUAAAAAUCAAACUCUUUGUAAAA